CUUGACGGAAAAUAUGGUUUUUAUUUUGUCCCAACAGGUGAGAUCACUGAAACCAUGCUGAAGGUAGCGCUUGUUCUCGGAUGCCUCCUGAGCCUCACUGUGGCUCAACCUAUGGAGCACCAGCGAUUCGCCCGCUCUAGUGGCUCUGGUUCCAACUCAAAUGAGCGCMGGGGCGUAGGUUCAGUUUUGACCAAUUCGUUGUUCCAGGCCUUGAUAAACAAGUGGCUCAGUCAACUCACUUCUGCUACCACAACUACGGCUCCAACUACAACAACUACCACUCCAACUACAACCACCACCACUCCAACUACGACCACCACCACUCCAAC